AUGGGUGCACUUGGAUUUCUCGUACUCACAACUGAAAGAAAAGAGAUACAUGGGUUGUUUGUUUAUUUAAGUUUAUCAAGGUCUUCUCGCACCCAUUGGCUGCAUUAUGGCUUGACUCCACCGUGACGCCAUCACGACUUAAAUUGUGUUUUAAAUGCCAUCAGUGCCAUAAGAUGAAAAUGACUGCACUAAGUCAAAUGCUGAUAUAUGAGUUUCUAUGAAACGUAGUGAAAUACAAGAUAUCUGAGUGCUAUUACCCAGCCUUUUGUGAAUAUACAUGUACCUCUUUGAUCUUUAUCAACUCGGCGUAAAGCCCCAAUUCAGGGGAUACAACUUUCCUGGGUUUAACCAGUACCCAGAACACCAUUUUCCCAGUACUACCCUUAUAAUGCCGACCGCAAGUAAAUUGAGCUAUUUGUACACAAAGCGAACGCUUUACCACUGAGCUUUAGGGGCGGUCAUACACGGGUUAUUUGUAGCCACAAACUGCAGGUAUGUAGAUAAAUUUGGACGAUGAAGCGACUGUAUACGAUCAUGAGGCUCAUGGCAUCCAAAAAUGCAAAUGUGCAUGUGUUUUGGUUAACGCAUUUAUAAUAGUGGAUUUGCGGCAUAGUACGUUCUCCUCCUAGUUAGGAUUUAUACUAAGGCGUUUCUGCUUCGACUUUGUUCUUUUAAAUGAAUAUUGUUACUCCUCUCUAAACGCUGAAACUGCAGUGCACGAAUGGAUGAGGUAUUUCCAAAGAUACAUCAGUGACAGGAAUGAAUUUACAGUCAACACAAAUGUAAACGGGAACUCACAAGUUCGUGUAGGUGCGACCGUCGCUGGCGCAAACCUUGGAAACCUCGGUCGGGCAAUCUUUGUGGCUGAGGCUCGUGCACAGGAAGUCGAACACCACAUCACCACCGGCCACGGGAUUCACCGUGGUACCGCCGGGGGCUGUCGAGCACGCACCCGGGUGUUUCAGGUCAAGCGCCUUGUUCAGGCAGUGUGCCUUGCUGAACUCGCACCUAUCGACGGAAAAUACCAUGAUCAGCUUUUUGGUUGCUACAGUUUUGUUGGCGGCUGGCGUUGCGCAUGGCCAGGUUUUGAGCUGCCAGUCAUUCGUCCUCAGCCUGGACUGCACCACCUACAGCGCUAUGCAGGAAUGCGGCACAAACGGCAUUACCUACGCCAACAGGUGUUACUUCGCCAAGGCUCAGUGCAACGACUCCAGCCUUCACAUCCUGCACGACGGCCCGUGCACUACAGCUGAGUCGUCGACCACCCCGUCCCCAGGGUCGGGCGUAGAUGGGGAGACGGCGGUCCUCGAUUUCUUCUGUACGGCGCUCAGCCAUCGGGACUGCCCUACCGAUGUGAAGCAAGUCUGCGGUUCCGAUAACUGGACAUACGUUAACUACUGCGAGUAUGACAAACAACGAUGCCCUCACCGUGACCUAAACAUACAGAACUUCGGCACAUGCGCCACAACUCCUUGA